AUGUCGUGCCUACGAUCCGUUUCCCGGCCCUCUUGGAGCCUCGCCAUCUCACCACGCAACAACCUUAUCCGCACUCCGUUCCAAAGACGUCUUACCAGCACGCAGAGUUCCGGAUUUCAGGGCGUAGAAGAUAAUGCCUUCAACCGCGAAAGAAAGGCAGUCAAGGAUCACGCUGCUGCGACAAGUGACCUCUGGCGUAAACUGUCAAUCUACGCAACAAUUCCUGCAUUGAUUAUCGCCGGUGUCAAUACUUGGAUCCUAUGGGAUGAGCAUUGGGAGCACUGGGAACACCUACCACCUCUAGAAGAGAGAGUAGAGUAUCCGUAUCAGAAUAUUCGGACCAAAAACUUCUUCUGGGGAGAUGGUGAUAAAGUGAGAAGCUGGAAUGAUAAAGUAAACUACCACAAGAAAGAUUAG